AUGGAUAAUCAUCGUAAAAGGGCCCGACUGGAGUUGGUGCCCACUGCGUCAAAUGAUUGUUUACAGGGAGUGGCCACGGCAUCUGCAACGGGUACAACAUUGGCCAUAGGUGGACAAAGUUUCAUAUUGAGCAAUGCCUCGGCAUCAGCACUUCCCGCCAACAUUUUACUUUCUAUAUGCGAUGAUAAUUCCGAUGAAUCGGAAGAAUAUCUAAUAGAUAGUUCCGUUUUGCAACAAAUCAAACAGGAGAAUAAUGUGGCCGCCACACAAUCCAUAACAACAACAGCAGCGACAACGUCCGGCCAUAACGUACAGCAGCAGCCGCCCCCACAGCAGCCAGCCAACACAACCCAGUUGUUGACCACAGUCAUGCAACUGUCCAGUGGCUGUGAAAUCUAUGUCAUCAAAGAGAUCCAACAACAACCGCCGAAGCAAUUACUUUCGGAGAGUUUGACAACAACAACAACAAAUAAAUUGGUGAAAAAUAAUACCACCAUUAAAUUGGAACCUAUGUCACCAACUUCAUCUUCCACAUCAUCAUCGACAACGGCUGGGGGUGGUGGUGGUUCAAUGGCUCAACAAAUAUUGCGUAGCAAUACCGCAACAACAACCAAUCCACAGCAACAACAACAAACUAUCAUCUCGAAUAUUAAUCCAAUUUCUAUUAACAACAACACGAAUACGAACAUUGCUGCCCAUACCGAAGAUCCCAGUAAACAGCGUAGCCUCAUCUUGGAAGCCUACAAGAAGCGGGAUGAUAAACGUCGUGCCACCCAUAAUGAAGUCGAACGACGUCGUCGGGAUAAAAUCAAUAGUUGGAUAUUUAAGUUGAAGGAAAUGUUACCCUCGGAUAUGAAUAAUGUGGUUAGCAAUGGGAGUGGUGGUGGCGGAACAACGCUUAUCAAAGAGGCUGUCAAUGUUGGCGGUAGCAUGCCACCACGUCUAUUAUUGCAAUCCCAGCAGCAACAACAACAACCAGUAGGCUCUACGCGUACACCUCCAAGUGAUUCAAAAUCUCAGAUAUUAAUCAAAGCAUGCGAAUAUAUUAAAUCAAUGCAAGAUGAAAUCCAAAGCCUCCGCGAGUGCCUUACGGAAAAUGAAAAUUUACGUUUGAGCAAUCAACGUUUACAGGAUGAAAUCAAUGAAUUGCGCAGCAAACAACAACAGCUCACAGAACACGACAGCAGCAACAGCAAUAAUCAACACGAAUCGAACAAUAAUGCCCUGCUACUUAGCCCCAGCGAUGAUGAUGAAUGUGAAAUAACCUUAAAUUCGUUAAAUGCAACCUAUGCCAAUGUUCAACUUUUCUCACCCAAUGCUAGGGCCAUUAUUGGUCCGACAACAAAAACCAAUACAACAGGCGGCUCCUCAGUAGCUGCAGCAGCGAUCAACACAAAUACGGGUAUAAUCUAUACAAAGCGUGAAUUAAUUAUAAGAGAUUAUGUGGAUUAG